ACAUUCCUGCAGGGAAAGAUCUGAUCUAUAUUAAUGCUCCAGACAUAAUCGUAAAAGUAGAAGAAGAGACAGAUUUGAGCAGUGAUGAGCAGUAUAAGGAGGACAUUUCUACAGGUUACCGCCCAGAUUCUUGUACCAGGAGAUCAGAGGAGAAUCUUAUAUCUUCAGAUUAUAAAGCAGAUGAUGAUAUCACACAAGAUACAUAUGAAGAACAUUCCAUUAUCCCAGAUACACCCUCAGCCCUUCACAGCCAAGAUCUGUCAUCUCAUCCUUAUAUACAGGUCCUGUCUUCUCAGUCAUCACAGGAUGUUCAGCUAAAUAAAGGUCACAGAAGGGAUGUUGGACACCAACGAGCUCAUACAGAAAAGAAACCAUAUUCAUGCUCAGAAUGUGGGAAAUGUUUUACUUCUAAAUCAAGUCUUGUUAAACAUCAGAGAACACACACAGGGGAGAAGCCAUUUGCAUGUUCACAGUGUGGAAAAUGUUUCACGCAGAAAUCAUAUCUUGUUGAACAUCAAAGAACUCACACAGGGGAGAAGCCAUUUUCAUGUUCAGAAUGUGGGAAAUGUUUUCCUUUUAAAUCAGGUCUUGUUGUACAUCAAAGAACUCACACAGGAGAGAAGCCAUUUUCAUGUCCAGAAUGUGGGAAAUGUUUUACUAAUCAAUCAAGUCUUAUUCAACAUCAAAGAACUCACACUGGAGAGAAGCCAUUUUCAUGUGCAGAAUGUGGGAAAUGUUUUAUUGAUCAAUCAAGUCUUAUUCAACAUCAAAGAACUCACACUGGAGAGAAGCCAUUUUCAUGUGCAGAAUGUGGGAAAUGUUUUGCUCAGAAAUCAAGUCUUAUUCAACAUCAAAGAACUCACACAGGGGAGAAGCCAUUUUCAUGUGCAGAAUGUGGGAAAUGUUAUACUGGGAAAUCAAAGCUUGUUAAACAUCAAAGAACUCACACAGGGGAGAAGCCAUUUUCAUGUGCAUAAUGUGGAAAAUGUUUUACUGAUAAAUCAAGUCUUAUUCAACAUCAAAGAACUCACACAGGGGAGAAGCCAUUUUCUGUUUCAAUAGUUUUUAUUGAAUAUUUUUUGACAAUCUAAAAGUACAAUGCAAGUCCCUUGCAGGGGACUAAGUAGAAGUCAAGCAAGUAUAUAAACAGGUAAACAUACAAGUUAAAAAAAAUCAAAAGAACCUAAGAACAAAGGUGGAAUAAGUUGACUUGUACAAUUGCAAGAAUAUAUUGCAAUGUGUCUUUGAACUCUAAUGGGCUAGUCAUAUAGUAAUAGCGAGCGUUGACCUACUACAGGGUUUGAGUGUCAAGAGUUUAGUUACUCUGCGUGGCAUGUAAACAGUCUACAUCCUGAUAUCUAUCUCAGUAGGAAAUGAUGGGAGCGGUAAUGGAGGGUAAAGGAACAGGUAGGGGUAGGAGGGUGUAGGGGUAAGAGGUGUAAGGAGUCAGGAGAAGGUAUUGAAAGGAUAGGCAGGUAGGAGAAGGGGGGAGGGGUGGAGGAUCGUAGAAAAGGGACCGCAAAGGGAAUGUAAGUGAUCUCAGCAGGUUAUAUAGUACCAGUAGCCUGUGUUGUGGAAGACCACCUAUUCCAUCGCUUGUGAAAUAUGAGCCGUUACCAUAGGCGAUGAUGCGUUCAUAUGUGUAGGUGGUAUUUACUUUAUUAAUGACCAUGUCUAUAGAUGGGGUGUUGGGUGAUUUCCACAUGCUGGUAAAUGAAACUUUCAUCACAAUUAGGAUAAUACAUAUUAAAGGGGUAUUCCUGGCAAAACCUUUUUUUUUAUACAUAUCAACUGGCUCUGGAAAGUUAAACAGA